AUGCACAUCUCCACGCAGCGCCACUCGCGCGGCACCAAGCUCCGCAGGCUCAUCCUCUCCGACGAGCUGAAGCCGGCGGGCAGGAGGAGGGAGCUGGGCGCCGCCCUGCCCGGGCCCGACACGGGGCUGUCCCCCUCCAAACGGACUCACCAGAGGUCCAAGUCGGACGCCACGGUGUCCAUCAGCCUCAGCAGCAACCUGAAGCGCACGGCCAGCAACCCCAAGGUGGAGAGCGAGGAGGAGCCGGCCCGGCUGGCUCCGGAGCGGGAGUUCAUCAAGUCCCUGAUGGCCAUCGGGAAGCGCCUGGCCACGCUGCCCACCAAGGAGCAGAAGACGCAGCGCCUGAUCUCGGAGCUGUCGCUGCUCAACCACAAACUGCCCGAGCGCGCCUGGCUGCCCACGGCCGCCUUCGAGCACCACGUGGUGCGCGUGCCCCACUCGCAGGCCGUGGUGCUCAACUCCAAGGACAAGGCUCCCUAUCUGAUCUACGUGGAGGUCCUGGAGUGUGACAAUUUCGACACGGCCAGCGUCCCCGCGCGCAUCCCCGAGAACCGGAUCCGCAGCACGCGCUCGGCCGAGAACCUUCCGGAAUGCGGGAUGGGCCCCGAGCACAGGGCCGGCAGCUUCAGCACCGUGCCCAACUACGACAACGACGACGAGGCCUGGUCCGUGGACGACAUCGGCGAGCUCCAGGUGGAGCUCCCAGAGAUGCACACCAACAGCUGUGACAACAUCUCCCAGUUUUCCGUGGAUUCCAUCACCAGCCAGGAGAGCCGGGAGCCCGUCUUCAUCGCCGCUGGGGACAUCCGAAUUUUGGCCAAAAGCGGGAAUUUCCUGACCCAAACCCGGCAUUUCCGACCCAACGCCCUGAGCCAAAACGCAGGAAUUCCGUGCGCCAACCGGAGCCUUCGCAGGAGAAAAAUUUCAUGGAAUUUUAUGAUUUUAAUGGGAUUUGAUAGUUUUGAUGUGAUUUUGACGGGGUUUUCGUGCGAUUUCAUGGACUUUUAUGAGGUUUUAAUGGGAUGGGAUGGCGUAGAGACAACUCCCGGGGAUUCCCAGCGCCUCUCCCGGCCGGAAGCUCCCGGGACGAUCCCGCUUUUCCCGUUUUCCCGUUUUUUUCCCGUUUUUCCCGUUUUUUCCCCCAGGAGGAUCCGCGAGGCCUCUCCCUACGGCCACCUCCCCUCCUGGCGCCUCCUCUCCGUCAUCGUCAAGUGCGGCGACGACCUCCGGCAGGAGCUGCUGGCGUUCCAGGUGCUCAAACAGCUCCAGUGGAUCUGGGAGCAGGAGCGGGUCCAUGGGUACAGCCUGGUGUGCUACCUGCUGCAGGUCAAGGACAGGCACAACGGGAACAUCCUGCUGGACGCCGAGGGCCACAUCAUCCACAUCGACUUCGGGUUCAUCCUGAGCAGCUCCCCCCGGAACCUCGGCUUCGAGACCUCGGCCUUCAAACUGACCACGGAGUUCGUGGACGUGAUGGGCGGCCUGGACGGGGACAUGUUCAACUACUACAAGAUGCUGAUGCUGCAGGGGCUGAUCGCCGCCCGCAAGCACAUGGACAAGGUGGUGCAGAUCGUGGAGAUCAUGCAGCAAGGCUCGCAGCUGCCCUGCUUCCACGGCUCCUCCACCAUCCGGCACCUCAAGGAGCGUUUCCACAUGAACCUGACGGAGGAGCAGCUGCAGCUCCUGGUGGAGCAGAUGGUGGACGGCUCCAUGAGAUCCAUCACCACCAAGCUCUACGACGGCUUCCAGUACCUCACCAACGGCAUCAUGUGAAAUUCCGCCGGCCCCACCCCGGGGAAGAGGAAAAACGAAACGGAAAAAAAAAGAAAAACAACAAAAAAAAAAUUUCCCCGGAAAGAAAAAAAAAUUCCCGGAAAAAAAAAAUGAAAAAAAAAAUUUCCCUCCCCCCCGAGGAAGGAACGGGAGAAUUCCAAACUUCCCGGUUCUGUUCCCUCGGGAAAAGCGGCCUCGGAGCUUUGGCUGCUGCCCCGGCCGGGACUCUGCUGAGAGAGGG